CCUAUCAUCGAAACGGCGUGAAGUUCGUCGCAUAGAUUUCGUGCGUUGGUCUCGAUCCGAAACGCGGGACACGUGUUGCAUUCUUUCUAAUCUAAAAUCGUCUCUGAGAAAUAUUCAUUUCGCGCGUUCCUCGUCGUCGGUGCUUUCGAUAUCGAGAUGAUGCGGUGCUCCUUCGAUGAUCGAACGGUCGCGAACAGUGAAACGCGAAGGUUAACCUUCGCGAGCUGUCUGUGAAAAAGGCGAGACACGUAUCGCAGGGGAAGGAAGGCUACGAGACAACCACUGGCGAACGAAAUCCUGGAUAAUAGUCAUGGCUUACGUGCUCUGGCGGGUCUUCAUGAAGAAAUACUCGAAGGUGCGGCUCGGCAUCAGGAAUCUGCCGGUGAUACCGGUGGAGCGUCGGGUGCCCGAGAAAGAGGAGACCUGGACGCUGGCCCCGGACCAGCAGGACCCAUGCACGUUCUUCGAGGAUGUAGCUAAGUCCAAAGCACCCCAGGACGUCGAGAGCACAAGAAUCCCAGCGGAUGGGGUGCCAGAGAGUAUCGAACAACCAGAAAGUGGUACCCUGCCCCGUAGUCAAGAGACCAGGAAGAGCAAGACGAAGAAAGUGAGAAGCUAUCUAAGAAAAUGCAAGGGCGCGCUGUCCAAGGGCGACGAGAGUAGCUCGGAGAAGAAACGUCAAGAGCAGUGUGCCUCUUGGUACUUGGACGAGUCCCAAACGUCCAAACGCCAAGAGGACACCGACGUCCUGCUCGAGAAGCAAGAGGAGUUUGUAGACGAGAGGAUCGCGGAAGUGGAUCUAGCGCCUCUGGUGUCGCAGGAGAUUGAUGACAAUGAGAUCGCGAGAGAGGAUCCUUUGGCGGAUCCUGCGAAGAGCAACGCUCAGGACGAGACCCCUGACGAGGCUCUCGCGAGGCUGCUGGACGAGGAUCGCAGAAACGACCUAAGGAGGAGUCGGACGUCUCUGUACGAGGACGCCAGCGACUCCGUCAACGACCAAUGCCAGGUCGACGAGAGCUCCAAGGUGGGAAACGACGUGGUCUCUCUCGAGACGCUGACCACGGAAGACUCGAACCUGAACAAGUGCGACUCCAGCGACACUUUGAUAGCGGAAGCUGCAGAAUCGACGCCCGCGUCUGUGCCAGAGUGUUCGGUGGUUGGAGAAGAGGUGGUAGCUGAGCAGAGGAAGGAGGAGGAGGAAGAUGGGAUCCAACAGGCGGAUGGUGAAACGCUGCAGGCCCUCUCGCUGCUCGGGGUAAGUAAAUCUUUGCUGAAUGUUGAUUAUAGUGAUGAUUCGUAA